UAAUUUCUUAACACUCCCAGUUUUUUGGCCUAGACGUCUUCGUAUACGUCUUUGGCAUCUCUCUUUCCUUCUCCGUCUCUCUCUUUCUCUCUCUAUUUCUUUCUUUCUCCUCAGUUUGCUAACAACUUCUCAGACAAAAUGAGAGAGUGCAUAUCGAUCCACAUUGGUCAGGCUGGGAUUCAGGUUGGAAAUGCCUGUUGGGAGCUUUACUGCCUUGAACAUGGCAUUCAGCCUGAUGGACAAAUGCCCAGUGACAGAACAGUUGGUGGAGGCGAUGAUGCCUUCAACACAUUCUUCAGUGAAACCGGUGCCGGAAAGCAUGUCCCUCGCGCUGUUUUCCUCGACUUAGAACCUACUGUCAUCGACGAAGUCAGGACCGGGACUUACCGCCAAUUGUUUCACCCAGAGCAACUCAUUAGCGGCAAAGAAGACGCUGCCAACAACUUUGCUAGAGGCCAUUACACAAUUGGCAAAGAGAUUGUGGAUUUGUGUCUGGAUCGCAUAAGAAAGCUUGCAGACAACUGCACUGGUCUUCAAGGGUUUUUGGUUUUCCAUGCCGUUGGUGGUGGGACUGGCUCCGGCCUUGGCUCUCUGCUUCUUGAAAGGCUUUCCGUCGACUACGGAAAGAAAUCGAAGCUGGGCUUCACAGUUUACCCUUCCCCUCAGGUCUCAACCUCUGUUGUUGAACCUUACAACAGUGUUCUGUCCACCCAUUCUCUCCUGGAGCACACAGAUGUUUCAGUGCUUCUUGACAAUGAAGCAAUCUAUGACAUAUGCCGUAGAUCAUUGGACAUCGAAAGACCCACAUACACCAAUCUCAACAGGCUUGUCUCUCAGGUCAUUUCCUCACUGACAGCGUCUCUCCGGUUUGAUGGAGCUCUAAAUGUGGAUGUGACUGAAUUCCAAACCAAUUUAGUCCCAUACCCAAGAAUCCAUUUCAUGCUUUCUUCGUAUGCCCCGGUUAUUUCAGCAGAAAAGGCGUACCACGAGCAACUCUCAGUUGCAGAGAUCACAAACAGUGCAUUUGAGCCGUCCUCCAUGAUGGCCAAAUGUGAUCCGCGCCACGGGAAGUACAUGGCUUGCUGCUUGAUGUACAGAGGUGAUGUGGUGCCUAAGGAUGUGAAUGCAGCCGUGGCCACAAUCAAGACCAAGAGGACCAUCCAAUUUGUGGACUGGUGCCCAACUGGGUUCAAGUGCGGAAUCAACUACCAGCCUCCUACUGUGGUCCCUGGGGGUGAUUUGGCUAAGGUUCAGAGGGCUGUGUGUAUGAUUUCCAACUCCACUAGUGUGGCUGAGGUGUUUUCGAGGAUUGAUCACAAGUUUGAUCUCAUGUAUGCGAAGCGUGCGUUUGUGCACUGGUAUGUUGGUGAAGGCAUGGAGGAAGGAGAGUUUUCGGAGGCUAGGGAGGACUUGGCUGCUCUGGAGAAGGACUAUGAGGAAGUUGGUUUGGAGUCUGCUGAAGGAGAGGAUGAUGAUGGUGAAGAUGAGUACUAGAGGGCAUGAUUGAUUUAGUCCUUAUUUUUAUAUUUUAUAUUUUAUUUUUUCAGUUUGGGAAUCCAAUUAUGGACUCGCUCGUCUGUAAUUGGAAAUGCAAUUAGCAAUUAGCGACUGUUCCUGUCAUCAGUUUAUCUAAUUUUACAUAAAUGGUUGAACGAAAACUUUGCUUAAUCUUAAA